AUGAUUCCCAUAUGCCCUGUAGUUUCUUUCACCUAUGUGCCCAGCCGGCUGGGGGAAGAUGCCAAAAUGGCGACCGGCAACUACUUUGGAUUCACCCACAGCGGGGCGGCGGCGGCGGCGGCUGCGGCCCAGUAUAGCCAGCAGCCAGCUUCGGGUGUAGCCUACUCUCAUCCAACCACCGUUGCUAGCUACACUGUUCAUCAGGCUCCAGUAGCUGCUCACACAGUUACUGCUGCCUAUGCACCAGCAGCCGCCACAGUUGCAGUUGCCAGGCCUGCUCCAGUAGCUGUUGCAGCUGCUGCAACCGCUGCUGCUUAUGGAGGCUACCCCACUGCACACACAGCGACUGACUAUGGUUAUACACAGAGGCAACAAGAAGCACCUCCACCACCACCUCCAGCUACUACACAGAACUAUCAGGAUUCGUACUCAUAUGUAAGAUCCACAGCUCCUGCUGUAGCUUAUGAUAGUAAGCAGUACUACCAACAACCAACAGCAACUGCUGCUGCUGUAGCUGCCGCUGCCCAGCCUCAGCCUUCUGUUGCUGAGACCUACUAUCAGACAGCCCCUAAAGCAGGUUAUAGCCAAGGUGCAACUCAGUAUACACAAGCCCAGCAAACUCGACAAGUGACAGCCAUAAAACCAGCCACACCAAGUCCAGCUACCACCACUUUCUCCAUUUAUCCUGUAUCCUCCACCGUACAGCCAGUAGCAGCUGCAGCUACUGUGGUGCCAUCCUAUACCCAGAGUGCUACUUAUAGUACCACGGCAGUUACUUAUUCUGGUACAUCUUAUUCAGGUUAUGAAGCAGCAGUGUAUUCAGCUGCAUCCUCCUACUACCAACAGCAGCAGCAGCAACAGAAGCAGGCGGCGGCGGCAGCGGCAGCGGCGGCUGCAACAGCUGCCUGGACAGGGACCACCUUUACUAAAAAAGCACCAUUCCAAAAUAAACAACUGAAACCAAAACAGCCUCCCAAACCACCCCAGAUUCACUAUUGUGACGUCUGUAAGAUCAGCUGUGCUGGACCACAGACUUAUAAAGAACAUUUAGAAGGGCAGAAACAUAAAAAAAAAGAAGCUGCAUUGAAAGCCUCACAGAAUACCAGCAGCAGCAACAGCUCUACUCGUGGGACUCAAAAUCAGCUACGUUGUGAGCUCUGCGAUGUGUCUUGUACAGGAGCAGAUGCAUAUGCUGCCCACAUUCGUGGUGCUAAGCAUCAGAAAGUGGUUAAAUUACACACAAAACUUGGUAAACCCAUUCCUUCAACAGAACCAAACGUUGUUAGCCAAGCUACUUCUUCAACAGCUGUGUCUGCUUCAAAGCCAACUGCCUCUCCUUCAAGCAUUGCAGCAAGCAAUUGUACUGUGAAUACUUCAUCAAUUGCAACUUCUUCAGUGAAGGGUCUUACAACUACAGGAAACUCGUCUCUUAAUAGCACAGCCAACACUAAAGUAUCAUCAGUGCCUGCAAAUAUGGCUGCCAAGAAAACAUCUACACCCAAAAUAAACUUUGUUGGUGGUAAUAAGCUGCAGUCAACAGGAAAUAAAACAGAAGACUUAAAAGGAACUGAAAGUGUUAAAAACACUCCUGUCACUUCUGUACCAAUUCCAGAAGUAAAGCCAGACACAGUGUCAGAACCAGUCACACCUGCGUCUCUUGCUGCUUUGCAGAGCGAUGUGCAACCAGUGGGCCAUGAUUAUGUGGAGGAGGUACGAAAUGAUGAAGGAAAAGUGAUUCGAUUUCAUUGCAAAUUAUGUGAGUGCAGCUUUAAUGAUCCCAAUGCUAAGGAAAUGCAUUUGAAAGGACGAAGACACAGACUUCAAUAUAAAAAAAAAGUAAAUCCAGAUUUGCAAGUAGAAGUAAAGCCCAGUAUUCGAGCAAGAAAGAUUCAAGAAGAGAAAAUGAGAAAGCAGAUGCAGAAAGAGGAGUAUUGGCGAAGAAGAGAAGAGGAAGAACGCUGGAGAAUGGAAAUGAGACGUUAUGAAGAGGACAUGUAUUGGAGAAGAAUGGAGGAAGAACAGCAUCAUUGGGAUGAUCGCCGCCGAAUGCCUGAUGGAGGCUAUCCUCAUGGUCCCCCGGGCCCACUAGGCCUUCUGGGAGUCCGACCAGGCAUGCCUCCUCAGCCACAGGGGCCUGCACCCUUACGUCGUCCUGACUCAUCUGACGAUCGUUAUGUAAUGACAAAGCAUGCUACCAUUUAUCCAACUGAAGAGGAAUUACAGGCGGUUCAGAAAAUUGUUUCUAUCACUGAACGUGCUUUAAAACUUGUUUCAGACAGCUUGUCUGAACACGAGAAGAGCAAGAGCAAAGAGGGAGAUGAUAAGAAAGAGGGAGGUAAAGACAGAGCUUUAAAAGGAGUUUUGCGAGUGGGAGUAUUAGCGAAAGGAUUACUUCUCCGAGGAGAUAGAAAUGUCAACCUUGUUUUGCUGUGCUCAGAGAAACCUUCAAAGACAUUAUUAAGCCGUAUUGCAGAAAACCUACCCAAGCAGCUUGCUGUUAUAAGUCCUGAGAAGUAUGACAUAAAAUGUGCUGUUUCUGAAGCGGCAAUAAUUUUGAACUCAUGUGUGGAACCCAAAAUGCAAGUCACUAUCACCCUGACAUCUCCAAUUAUUCGAGAAGAGAACAUGAGGGAAGGAGAUGUAACCUCGGGUAUGGUGAAAGACCCACCGGACGUCUUGGACAGGCAAAAAUGCCUUGACGCUCUGGCUGCUCUACGCCACGCUAAGUGGUUCCAGGCUAGAGCUAAUGGUCUACAGUCCUGUGUGAUUAUCAUACGUAUUCUCCGGGACCUCUGUCAGCGAGUUCCAACUUGGUCUGAUUUUCCAAGCUGGGCGAUGGAGUUACUAGUAGAGAAAGCAAUCAGUAGUGCUUCUAGUCCUCAAAGCCCUGGAGAUGCUCUGAGAAGAGUUUUUGAGUGCAUUUCUUCAGGGAUUAUUCUUAAAGGUAGUCCUGGACUUCUGGAUCCUUGUGAGAAGGAUCCCUUUGAUACCUUGGCGACAAUGACUGACCAGCAGCGUGAAGACAUCACAUCCAGUGCACAGUUUGCAUUGCGACUCCUUGCAUUCCGCCAGAUACACAAAGUUCUAGGCAUGGAUCCACUACCACAGAUGAACCAGCGUUUUAACAUCCAUAACAACAGAAAACGAAGAAGGGAUAGUGAUGGAGUUGAUGGAUUUGAAGCUGAGGGGAAAAAAGACAAAAAAGAUUAUGAUAACUUUUAA